GCGGAAGUGAAAAACGUAUACAACAAAGAUGGCGUCUCCCGGCGAGGCAGUGGUCGAUGAAGCACACGUGGGGAAAAAGAAGAAGCCUCCAGCUCGAUACUGGGAUGAGCCACAGGAGAAGGAGAAAGAUGAAAACAAAGUGGGAAAAGACGGUGGAGAGAGUGAAGGAGGACAGACUCAGAAAGCAAAGAAAAGAAAGCAAGACCAGGGUCAAAAAGAGGGAAAGAAAUUCAUAUCAGGGAAAUCUGACCCUUUCCCUGGACCUGCUCAUAUUCCAGAAGACAGGAUACAAAAGUUCAAGAGGAAAGAUAAAACUAAAAAGCCUCGUCGCAAGCAAUACAAGCUGAGAGACAUGAUCACUCGCUCAGACGAAGCUUCAGAAAUGGCUCAGAAACAAGCUGCCCGGUUGGACCUCCUGCUCCCAGAGGAUGCAGGGUUUCUGGAAGGAGAUGAAGAUGAGGACACAUGUACAAUCUCUCAGGAAGAUAUUGCAGAUGCUGUGGAUAUAACAUCUGGGGCAAAGUAUUUUCAUUUGAAACUGUCUCAGUUUGGACCAUAUCGUGUGGAUUACAGCAAAACUGGACGUCACCUGCUGCUCGGUGGGAGGAGAGGCCAUGUUGCUUGUAUAGACUGGCAGUCCAAACAGCUCAUGUGUGAGAUAAAUGUGAUGGAGUCUGUCAAUGAUGUAAAGUGGCUCCACAGUGAGGCCAUGUAUGCAGUGGCUCAGAAGAAGUGGCUGCAUAUUUAUGACUCCAACGGUAUAGAGCUUCACUGCAUCCGCAAAUUCAAUGAUGUCCUUCGUAUGCAGUUCCUUCCCUACCACUUUCUACUAGCAACAGCGAGUGCUACAAGUUUCCUGCAGUACCUGGACGUGUCUGUGGGAAAAGAGGUGGCAGCCAUCUGCACCAAGACGGGCCGGCUUGACGUGAUGUGCCAGAAUCCUCAUAAUGCCAUCAUUCACCUGGGCCAUUCCAACGGCACCGUCACCCUCUGGUCACCCAACCAAAAAGAGGCACUCGUCAAGAUGCUCUGUCAUCAGGGCGGUGUGCGCUCUGUUACUGUGGACAAGACGGGCACAUACAUGGUGACAUCUGGUAUGGAUAAAAAGCUGAAGGUAUAUGACAUCAGAGCCUUCAAGCCCCUCAAGUCCUACUUCCUCCCUUCUGGAGCUUCCUGUUUGUCACUGAGCCAGAGGGGGCUAUUGUCUGCAGCCACGGGGGAUAUCGUUCAGGUGUACCGAGACGUGUGGAAUACUCCAGUGACUAAACCCUACAUGGCUCACAGAGUUCGAGGAACAGUUUGGGGGAUGCACUUCUGUCCCUUUGAGGAUGUCCUUGGGGUUGGGCACGGAGACGGUUUUACCAGCAUGCUCACACCAGGUGCUGGAGAACCUAACUUUGAUGGUUUGGAUGCAAAUCCGUACCGCAAUGUAAAGCAGAGGCAGGAGUGGGAGGUCAAAGCCCUGCUGGAGAAGAUCCAGCCUGAGCUCAUCAGCCUCGACCCCAGUGAGCUGGGACAGGUGGACCGCGCCACCUUUGAGCAGAGGCACCAAGACAGGGUUACAGCUCUGGGCUUUGACCCACUUGCAAAAGAAAAAUUUAUUCCAAAGCAUAAGAAAAAAGGUCGUAGUUCGGCUGGCAAUGUUGAAAGGCGAAAGAAACAAGUGGCUCAUGAGGACCAGAGGGAUGUAAUCAGGAAAACUGCAGAGGACAAAAUGAAGAUUGAAAAAGAGAGAAAGAAGAGGGAGAAGAAGGAGGCGGCGUUAUCCAGCAAGAGAUCUGCUCUGGACAGAUUCAAAAAGUAGAAAAGGAGGACCCUUUGUGCAGCCCAAAACCCAGUGACAUUCUGUGGGAGUGACCUUUGAACUUCAU